AUGCCAGGCAUUCAGGCUCAUCUGGUCGCUCCAGGUAUGGACGUGGAGUUGCGUAACUCUGUCUUUGUGUGUUCAGACGAAGCCCAGCCAGGCAAGUCGAUUCUGGGUCGACUGUCGAGUGUCUGGGGCCAUGGGGCAGAUGGUACAGUUAGUUUCAUUUACAGCCCGGAAUGGGCCGGACCAAAUGCAAAUUACGCGAGUGUCGGAAAGCAGAUUCUCCUCGGAAAUGUGCGCAGGUUUGGUGUGAAAAGCGAAAGUUUUCUAUCACUAGGUUGCUUUAGGAAAGAUCACCUCAUAGACACGUGGGCUUCUACUCACUAG